GAAUAGCAAACAUCGAUGUUUCCGAUGCAUCGAUGUUUUUUUUGCAUCCGUAGCUGAAAUUUUCCUUGUAAAUACACUGGUUGAGCAAGCUUUUGCGGAAGAUGUCUGCUGUAUUUAAUGGCCUAAAAACAGCUAAAAGGCUGCAAGCUGCCAAUCCCGCGCUUUUUCAGAAUCUGGCCAAAACCUACGCUACAUGGAAUAAAGACUACAAACCAGCCACAAUUCCGAAAUCGGACAAGGAACGUGAAUCGGCUGCCAAAAAAUACUAUCUACUGCCAGAGGAAUAUCGCCCAUAUGUGGAUAAUGGAUUAGGCUAUGGUGACUACCCAGACUUGGGCAAGUCACUUGGUAUUGAAGCAAAGGAUCCCUACUACCCCUAUGAUUUUCCCGAGCAUAAGCGUAAUCUGCAUGAGACGCUACAUGCUGAUAUUGAUUUAUACGGGGAGGAUCGCUACUCACAGCCUGAGCAGCCACGAUUCACAAAUAGUCAAUACUGGCUUACCUUUUUAGGUGUUAUGUCUGGCUGCUUGGCUCUAUAUUACUGGUUAGAAAAUUAUCGUAUGUAUCGACCAGUUGCGGUUAAACAAUAUCCAGGUGAUGGAAGAAAGCACUACACAUUCGAGGGUUAACAAUGCUACACAUUUAAAUGUUGAGGGAAUUACCAAAUGCAAUGGAUAUUCAUAUGAACUUCCUAGAAUAUUUUUAUUUCCAAGCAGUUGUAUAUGUACAUAAUAUGUACUACUUACCGACGAUUCAAUAAUAAAUAAUUAAAAUUAAUUUCAUGUUGAAUCAUGCUACGUAUGUAUGUACCCUAAAUAAUAUAAACAUCAAAUUGAAAUAAUAAAAGUAACCGAUUGCAAAUAAAGCCAAUAUAAUGAGUAUUUAAAAAAAAAGUAA